AUGAAUUAUACGAGCCCUGCGGCGGUGGCUCGAAUUCCACCUGCUUCGCCAGCCGUUUCCAACGCGUCCACAAUUCGGCCACGGGUAGGAAUAUCUACAAAUCGACCAGUACCGCAAACAAUCGCUGGCUUUUCGCCAGAUUUCUUCUACGCGCCCCAUCCAGAUGCCAAGGCUAUCUUCUCGACAGAGAGAGGGACGCGACCAAAACGAUGCCUUCCAAAUCCCCUACCUGCAAGAGUUUUACACAGUAGUAUGGAAUUGGAUGUAAAGGCUAGAGCUGAUCAGCUUCGAAACGAUUUCCCUACCGUCGUUCGAUCCAUUUCCAUGCCCAAGAAAUGGGGAGAUUUGCAUGAAUACUUCGAUGCGGUUGAUCUUUAUGAAGAGAGUCCCUUAUUCUGCUGGCAUGUUAUUGUCUCCCUCGCACAAAAGAACAACCAAAUGCAGGCAGUCUUUGCUCAUGCUGUUAAACAGUGGGUAAUGGAGUGGAUGUCAGCUCACCGGGACCAAGUAUUGAACAGCCCUCUAAACGCUGAUCUAUUCUCGAUGUUUUGGCCGGAUGAGAGGGCAAGCUUCGACGAGAUUACCCCUGCAGAGAAACAGUCCGUACGUAUAGAUUUAGAAAAUGAGCGGGUUAAGUUGUUCCAAGAGUUAAACCAUCCGGGUGCAGCCAAUCUUCCAGUCCAAGUAUUGCACCGCGUUCAAGAGCAAGUCCCAAACUUUGCAGCUUCACCUUCCCAGGCACGAGUACUACCAGUGCAGAUACACCCAGUGUCUGUUCCUAAUUUAAGCCAUCGUCAAGGCCAUAUUACAUACGACAACUUCAUGCAAAAUCAAGGGCAACGCCAUAAUGGAGCUGGCUUCAACGCGACUACGCUGCCAGGGCGCCCAGUCAAUCAUAGAUAUACGGGUCCAACUAGGCCACGCCGCAUGUCAAAUGAUGUUUUGAGAAAUGUCAGCAAUUAUCAAAACGACAUGCGAUUCAACAAUCGUCCUACCAAUGGCCAGGGAUUCAUGGACCCCGCAAUGCGUACGCCUGUUCGGCAGCACGUUGAACCAAUUUAUAUCAAUACUGGAAGUGGCAGCUUCGGAUCCUCCAGUCCUCAGACUCAUGGUAUUGUGAACCUUCCAGCAAUUGGCGAGAUCGGCCCAGAUCCCUUUCGUGUUUGGUAUGAUGAAAACGCAGGUCCUCCGCCAGCAGGGACUAUUAGGGAAAUGUGGCAAAACGAACCAAGGGCUUAUUUCCCACCGAACAAGCUACACUGUACAUGGUUCUAUCAUGGAGAACCAAAGAAGCAUAGUGGGUUUGAUCCGGACAGGAGUGAUCGUACGGCCUAUGUCAAUAAUGUGCCCACUGAUUAUUUUACCUCACACCAGCUUAAAGAAGACAUGGCAACUUGUGGGACGGUCGAGAGCAUUCACUAUAUGAACAACGGAUUAUUCGUGACUGGGUCAGCUCUAGUUAUGUUCCUCGAGAAAGAGGCCGUCGAUAAAGCCAUCAAGAAGUUCCAUACGACACAAUUGAAUUCAAGUGUUCUUAGUGUCAGACCUUAUGAACGUGGUUCACGAGAUCCCUCCGAUAGUCACCAUAGCCCAGGAAGCUACACUCACAGGCGUGUUGGUUCAUAUGGCCGCAACGAAGGUCACCGCCAUAGAGGGCAUCGAUAUUCUUCAACACGGGGAUCAUCCGGGUCCUUUAGUCAUGUUACAGCAGGCUACGAAUACAAGAAUGUACGAAAUGAACUCAACAAUGAGACCAGACAUGAUCGUUCUCUAAAUGACGGAAAUAUGGCUACACCGAUCCGUGCCUCUAUGGCCGAAAUAGCACAGCAUACCACGGCUUUGAAUCGGAAUUUCUCGAAUGGAAUGCUUUCAUCGAUUGAGAAUAUUCCCAGAUCUGACAGGAGAUGGUCUGGCCCGGAAACUCGCCCAGACAACAAUCGUUCAAAGAAGACCGCCAACAAAGAGAAUUCACCAACCAAAAGCUCCACUGUAGGCUCAAGAAAUAAUAGCCAAGGAUUCAAGAAGCCAGAGGACAACAGAGCAUCUACCCAUAACACUAGCAAUAUGGGUAAAGGAAUCAACAUUUCCGAUAAUACAACUUCGUCAACUAAGGGGAAUGAUGCCCACUUUGGUGGACCCUUUAACGCACCCAUAUCUACCCAGGCUAGUUCAAGAGGAUUGAACCCAGAAAUUACACAACGCCGGCAGGAGCCGAAUGUAAAGGACCCCAACACUCUACCAUUAGGCAGAGGAGAAGCCCUGUCCUUAGGUAUUUCUUCCACAGGAAUGUCUAGUUCAGGUUCAUCUGCCUCUCAUACCGCGUCUUCAAACAAUACAUCCUCGGCUCCGAGCAUGUCACGAGAGACGAGCAUAACAACGCCGUGCAUGUCGCGAGAAACAUCGACAUCAUCGCAGCAAUUGAACAAUUUAUCACAAGACUUCAGUAAGCAAUUAGUCAAGCAUGAUUCGCAAUCGACUGUUAAAACCACAGCACCGAGCUCGAAGAAACACUCAAGCGCCAACACAUCCGACUCGGACAAUAAUACCGCUCGAACGCCCAAACUCGUGGGUGGGCAAAAGAGCGAUGGUCAGGCAGUGGACAAUGUUCAAAAGUUCCAGCCGCGUAAGAAGAAUAAUAACAAGCAUAAGACUUCUGUGUCAGCUAGUAGCUCAACUCAAGGGGGCGAAUGCUCAAGCGUCCCAACGAAUUUGGAGGCAGGAAAAUCGUUCGUAAAUGGUAGCAAGACUUCGGGCGAUGACAAGGGGACUGAAUCGACUGCUCUUCUUAAAAGCCAGGUUGAUCAAUCUGGUUCAUCAUCGUCGAGGACCACCAGUGAGUCCGGUCAGAAAGGAAAAAAGAAGACCACAAAUGGGAUCGCGCGGGAUGGCCAUCACAAAAACUGGCAAGAUGGAAAAGAGCGCGCCUACUACGCCAAAGAAGUCGAUGUCCUCAGCUAG